AUGUCAUCAGAUGUUGCUGCAGUCGAGACCGGUCGGCCAUCUUCAGCCCUGAACACAGAAAAAGCAGAAGACGGCAAAGUCAAACCAUUACAUCACAUCCCUCGACCCAGUACCAAAGAAGCAGAGCAAAAAUGGCUUUUGCAACAAAUGGCUGCCGCAUUCCGUAUAUUUGCCAAAUUGGGGUUUGCAGAUGGUAGCAGUGGGCAUAUCAGUCUUCGAGACCCCGUCGAGCCCAGAACAUUUUGGCUUAAUCCGUAUGGCGUUCAUUUUGCUCUUCUUAGAGUCUCGGAUAUGGUUCGGGUAGAUGAGAAAGGGAACCGAGUAGGGGGAGCUGAUAAGCCUGUGAACGCCGCGGGCUUCAUGAUUCAUUCUGCAAUUCACCAGAAACGGCCUGAUAUAAAUGCGGCUUGUCAUAUGCAUAGUCCAUAUGGAAGAGCGUGGAGCACUUUUGGUAAAGGCAUUGAUAUGUUGAAUCAAGAUUCAUGCAUGUUUUAUGGCGAUCUCUCUGUCUAUCCGGCCUUCGGUGGGGUUGUUUUUGCCCAAGCAGAAGGCCAACGGAUUGCAGAAUAUCUUGGGCCGACAAACAAAAAUCUGAUUAUGCAAAAUCAUGGUCUGCUUACUGCUGGUGGGACAGUUGCUGAGGCAGCCGCGUUUUUCAUUGCACUUGAACGAGCAUGUCAGACUCAGCUUCUGAUCGAGUCUUCUAUUGCGCCUGGCUCUGUGGGCAAUGUUUUGGCAAACUUGAAAAAGACAAUUGUUGAUGAUGAAACUGCAUUAUACACUAAGAAAGGAACAGGUAGCCCUGAGGCUAUGUACAUGCAAUUUGAGCCUGAGUAUCAACUAAUUCUGAGGGAGACGAAUGGUGAAUUUUUGCAGUGA